AUGAGGGGUAGCGUUUAUUUGUUAUUGCUGGCGCAAACCGUCGUCGCCAUUACUGGACCUAGAAUAGAAAAUGACUUCGAUCGAAACAGACAGCCACCAUUGGGUCCUUCUGGUUUCAACGAUCAUCAAACGAGAUAUGGAAUAGCAGCUCCAUUACAGAACUACCAAGGACAAUCUGGCUUACUAAGUAGCCCAGCACCAACAAUUCAAUUCCCCCAGCCAAUCUUUCAACAACAACCCUAUGUACCGCAGUUCAACAACUUGCUACCAGCACAAAACAUCCCGAACAAUGUUCCCAUACAGAACAACAAUGGAUUCCAAUUUAGCCAAUCAUCAAACGUAAAUCCUCCAAUUAAUAAUUUGCCUCAACAAAAUUUGGGUCAAAUACAACAAUCAACAAUUCAUAACCAAAAUAUACCACAGCCAAUUCCUACUUUAGCAGGUUUUCAUAAUGGUCUUCCUUUGACGCAAAGUGCUCCACAAACGUUUAGCCAAAAUCCUAAUAUUCAUAGCCAAAUCUCUCUUGCACAGCAAAGACCGACUCAGGCGGCUUUUCUACCUACUCUGAGUGGUGCUCAAAACCCAUCCUUCAAUGCGCCUAAUCCUAUAACUAUUCAAGCUGCACCGAAUCUAGCUCCACAAAAUCUGAAUAAUCCUCAAAUUCCUUUCCAGUCUUCUAUAAAUCAAUUGUAUAAUAAUGGACAGUCUGUUUCCCAAUUAAGGGAUUAUUACGAACAACAAUCAAAAGAAAAUCUGGAAAAAUUAAAAGAACUUCAGGAAAGGCAAAGAAUUAUUCAGAAACAUCAAGAGUUUGUUCAAAAACAACAACAAAAGCAACAAGAGAAAGUAGAAAAACUACACGAAGAAUUUAUCAGUAAGCAAGCCACUAAAUCAAUACCAACUUAUACGACGACUGAAAAUUACGAAGAAUAUUUCAAACGCAAUCAAGAAAAACGAAGACCUUUGCUGCCACACGAAACAGAUUUGUUCAGAAAGGCUGUUGAACUUUAUGAGAAAGAGCACCCAACCACCACUACAUCUACUACUACUACUACAACUACCACAACUACGACAACUCCACGACCUACUUCUAGAUAUAGAUCUCGUUCACCAACUAGAACGAGGGGUCCUCCUCAAGACAGAAACAAGCAGAAACUUUACAAUGAAAUUAAGAAUUUAUUAGAAGAAAGCGAUACAAAAGGUUUUGAUGAUAAUUUAAGAGCAAAAAGCGUAGCGUUGCUACAGAAACCUGACAUAUUAAAACAGCUGAAAGUAGCUUUAGCUGAAAACCCAGAAGAUUUCAAUGAGAAAAAUUUCUCAUCUAGAGAAAUUUCCUUAAACGGUCAAAAGUUUGAAGUCAUUAGAACAACUAACCCGAAUUUGAUUCCAAAAGGUGCGAUUGCCGCCGAUAGUCCCGAUUUGGGUAAAUUUAUAACAGCAACACAAGAAACGCAAAAGGAAAGUCGCAUCUCUUUUGAUGACUUGACUAAAGGCGUGUUGCCACCUGGAGCUAAUUUUGAACUAAUAAAACAAACCGAUAAUGGAAAACUGGAAGAAGUGUCUAAAAUACCAAAUACGCUUCAAAAUAAAAAGAAAGUCACUUUUGUUUUCCUAGAAGAGCAAGACGAUGGCACAUUUAAAGUGAAGGGUAUUAAAGCGAACGGACAACAGACUGAAGAAGGGCCUGAGGUUGAAGACAUUUUGAACAAGAUAAAGAAAGGUGAAAUACAGCUUCCAGGACAGACAAAAAUUACUAACAAUAUUUACACAUCUACCACACAAAGUCCAUCUGUUACAACAACCGAAUACGUUGCUGAAUCUUCGCAUUACCCAUCGAGUUACACAAGUUAUGUAACAACAUCCAAUUACGGUAGUUCUGGACAUACAAAUCCAGUGCAAACUACUCCAGCUCCUACCUACCAUAACUCUUUCAUAUCAUCAACAAGAUCUACGCCUGUAACACAAACAUAUGCACCUACCACUCGUGCUACUACUAGUGAAAGAUACGUCGGAAAAUCUUCCACUCCAAAUUACAUUAAAGCUAGACACAGCUAUAAUUCAGCUACAAGAAGUCACGUCCCUAGUACUACAGUAGUAAAUACUACCCCUAACCCGAUCUAUAGGACGACUCCCCAAGAUAUCAUCGUGAUAGGUUCGAGUGCACCUCCGCCGAUUUACGAGGAGUCCACCAUUAACUUAAAUUAUGAAAAGAGUGACACGCCUGAUUUAAUAGACAUUUUAAAAGAAAACGGCCUAUUCGCAACAGCUAAAUAUUUGAAACAAUCUGGGUUGGACGCGAUUUUGAAUGAAACAGGUCCUUACACAAUUUUCGCUCCUACUGACAAAGCGUUCAGAACAUUAUUGGUUCAGUUGGGAGGUCCUGAUAGAGCAGAAGAGAAAUUCCGAGACAAUCCAAGGCUUUUAAGUGGGUUGCUUCUCCACCACGUGAUCCCCGGCGCCUUCGACAUAGGAUCUCUCCAAGAUGAAAUGACCGGCGUAUCUCUCGCCGGCACGCAACUCCGAGUAAACCAGUAUGACAUGCACGAUGUCGAGUGGAACGAAGUAAGAGUGACGACUAUCAACGGCGCUCGCGUCCUUGACGACAAAAAGGAUAUUCAUAUACCGCAGGGAAUAGCCCACGCAGUUGACCGAGUAAUGUUCCCAUUACCAGUAGGAGACCUCGUACAGACGCUGCAGGCAGAUCGCGACCGACGUUUCACCACUUUCCUCAAGGCCAUUUACGCGAGUGGCUUCGCUGAUAUUUUAGCCGAGAGCAAGACGUACACGGUGUUCGCGCCGACCGACGCGGCGUUCGCGCGCGCGCCGGCGGCGGAGCUGGCGCGGCUGGGCGAGCGGGCGGGCGCGCGCGCGCUGGUGGCGCGGCACGUGCUGCCGGGCGCGCUGUACAGCGCCGGCAUGCGCUACUACCAGCUGCGGGACUCCAUGGAGGACGCCAAGCCGCUCACGCUGCAGAAGAGCUCCGGUCGCAUCAAAGUUAACAACGCUCAAGUAAUAACCCACAACAUACCAGCGACCAAUGGCGUCAUCCAUGCCGUCGACACGCUGCUUUAGACAACGUACUUUCCCGCCAAAUUAGAUUUACAAAAAAAAUUACGGAGCUACACAUUCAUAGCCAUACUUUGCUCCAAUAAAAAAAAAAAGCUACAGUUACUGUCAAUCGUUUUUCUCUUUCCUGCGUACCAAUAUUGUCCGUGUAUGAAAGGGGCGAUUAUAUAUUUUGUAUAUUCUGGUUUUAUAUAACGUUUAUCUAAGUUCAGAACUUGUUUCCGUGUAGCGGCUGUAAAGGCACAAUUAUAAAUUAAGACUGUAAAUAUAAUGUAAAAUAGGAUGUUAAUUUAUGCAGUUAACUUUUUGUUGUAAAUAAAUUUUUAAUCUUUAUGGGA